AUGACUCCCAUGGAACUUAUUUCUGAGCUCGCUAAGGGCAACUUCAAUUCUGAUUCUGCUUCCUACGAGGACGAUGACGCUUCAGAAGAUCGCAGCGUCCCUCCAUCUCAACGUCUCUCAUUACGAAUCGCGCAGUCGUUAACGCUCGCUGCCAAUUACGAUCACACGUUCAGUGUUGAGCAGCUAGCAGCUCGCGAUCUCACUCAUCGCAACACUCUAUCUGAUCUGAUUAUUCCGCACGUGCUGAACCCGAUCGAGGACAACAAGGAAUUCGUUGAUAUUCUGGCGCACUACAACAUCACUAUCAACUAUAUUAAGCUGAUCUGCGCAACUGCUACAGCAGAAACAGCCACCGGAUUCCUUACGCUGAAGAAGAUCAAUUCGGCUAUUGCACGACUUCAUAACAUCACACUCGAGUCGUCACUGCCAGCCGAAUCAAUCGACCUCAACGAUAUUCCGACUAUCGAGGACAUGCACGCAGUUACUGGAGGUCCUAUUCCUAUUUCACCUACCCCACUGGAGCCCGAGACGAAGUCUAUUCCUAAAUCUGCUCCAGCUACUGCCUCCACGGAACUGCAUAUUCGGUCAUCUACCUCCGUUACGACUACUGCGCACUCAUCUACUCCACAACAGGUAACCGUUUCGGUUGCGCCUAACGAUUCACUGUCUGCCUCAGUAUGCUCUUCUUCUCAGGACCGUGGAUCCACGAGGACAGUUCGCACAGUACGCGCAGUUGCAGUUAGCCGUUCACCGUCAGCGCACUCGGACAAGCGCAAGCAGAAGCCAGCGAAGAAGUCACCAUCUCCCAGCUCUUCGCGCAAGCAGUCGCAAGAGAAGCAGCCUACUCCCGAUCUGGUCUGUCACUUCUGCAAGGCCACCGGCGCACACUUCAGCGCAGGUUGCCCCAACAUCAAGAGUCUGUCAGAUCGCGCCAUCACCGCAGUCUCUGAUGGCAAAUGUCUGUAUUGUCUGAAAGCGCACUCGCCCGGAUACUGCAAACGGGAUAUUCCGUGUCGUCUCUGCGAUUCUACUGAACACCAUCCGGCACUGUGCCCCUACAGUCACUACAUAGUUCGCGACAUCGGUCCCGAUGUGGAUAAGUUCUUCUCAGCUAUGUACGUGAUCUACGAGAACUACCAUCGCCAUCACUAA